UCGGCUCCUUGGCCAGCAGCAGCCUGUCCAGCUGCUGGGGAGAAAGCAGGCAGGACACCUCCUGCCAAAGCCUCCACGGAAGUGACAGGAGUGGCUGGUCCAACAUGCCUGGGGAGGGAGAGGUCCCCCCGCAGGAGGCUGGCGGCACCUGUCCUGACAGCCUCAGGGAUGCUGGAGCAGGGGGGAGGCCGGGUCUGUGCCGGGGUGAGAUCGAAUUCGGAGGGUCUGGGAAGAAGCGAGGCAGGUUCGUGAAGGUGCUCAGCAGCGUGGCCCCCUCGGUGCUCUUCGACCUCCUGCUGGACGAGUGGCACCUGCCGCCCCCCAACCUGGUGGUGUCCCUGGUGGGUGUGGAGCAGCCUUUCGUCAUGAAGUCCUGGCUGCGGGACGUCCUGCGCAAGGGGCUGGUGAAGGCAGCUGAGAGCACAGGCGCCUGGCUCCUGACCAGCGCGCUACGCACGGGCCUUGCCCGGUACGUGGGGCAGGCAGUACGUGACCACUCGCUGGCCAGCACGUCCACCAAGGCCCGUGUGGUGGCCAUCGGCAUCGCCUCCCUGGGCCGUGUGCUGCACCGUCAGCUUCUGGACGACGCCCAGGAGCACAGCUCUGUUCACUACCCCACGGACAAUGGAGGUGGCCAAGGCCCUUUCUGCUCCCUGGACAACAACCACUCCCACUUCAUCCUGGUGGAGCCAGGGCCCCCCAGGAAGGGGGAUGGGCAGACAGAGCUGUGGCUGAGGCUGGAGAAGCACAUCUCAGAGCAGAGGACCGGCUAUGGGGGGACCAGCAGCAUUGAGAUCCCCGUCCUCUGUCUGCUGGUCAAUGGCGACCCCGGCAUCCUGGAGAGGAUCUCCAGGGCUGUGGAGCACGAGGCCCCGUGGCUAAUCCUGGCAGGCUCGGGGGGCAUUGCGGAUGUGCUGGCUGCCCUGAUGAGCCAGCCCCACCUCUGGGGGCCCCAGGUGGCCGAGAAGCAGUUGAAGGAGAAGUUUCCGAGCGAGCGUUUCUCCUGGGAAGACAUCGUGCGCUGGACAGAGCUGCUGCAGAACAUCGCCUCCCACUCACACCUGCUCACGGUGCACGACUUCGAGCAGGAGGGCUCCGAGGAGCUGGACACUGUCAUCCUCAAGGCACUGGUCAAAGCCUGCAAGAGCCACAGCCAGGAGGCACAGGACUACCUGGACGAGCUCAAGCUGGCGGUGGCCUGGGACCGAGUGGACAUCGCUAAGAGUGAAAUCUUCAAUGGGGAUGUGGAGUGGAAGUCCUGCGACCUGGAGGAGGUUAUGAUGGACGCGCUCGUGAGCAACAAGCCCGAGUUCGUGCGUCUCUUUGUGGACCACGGCGCCAACAUGGCCGACUUCCUGACGUACGGGCGGCUGCAGCAGCUGUACCAGGCCGUGCCCCACAAGAGCCCGCUCUUCGAGCUGCUGCAGCGCAAGCAUGAGGAGGGCUGGCUGGCACUGCAGGCCCGGGGGCCACCCGCAGGGCCACCUGCCUUCUCCUUGCACGAGGUCUCCCGCGUGCUCAAGGACUUCCUGCACGAUGCCUGCCGCGGCCUGUACCGCGGUAAGCCGGGUCAGCGGGGAUGGGCCGGGGCUACGCCAGACGCUGACGUCCCUGUCCUCCAGGAGAGGGGGCCAGCCAGGCGGCCCACUGCCCAGAAGUGGCUGCUGGACCUGAGCCAGAAGAGCGAGAACCCGUGGAGGGACCUGUUCCUGUGGGCCGUGCUGCAGAACUGGCACGAGAUGGCCAGCUACUUCUGGGCCAUGGGCCAGGACGGGGUGGCAGCUGCUCUGGCCGCCUGCAAGAUCCUCAGAGAGAUGUCACACCUGGAGACGGAGGCCAAGUAUGAGCGGCUGGCCCUGGGCCUCUUCUCCGAGUGCUACAGCAACAGUGAGGACCGUGCCUUCGCUCUACUGGUGCGCAGGAACCGCUGCUGGAGCAGGACCACCUGUCUGCACCUGGCCACCGAGGCUGACACCAAGGCCUUCUUUGCCCACGACGGGGUGCAGGCCUUCCUGACCAAGAUCUGGUGGGGGGACAUGGCCGCCGACACUCCCAUCCUGCGGCUGCUGGUUGCCUUCCUGUGUCCUGCCCUCCUCUACACCAACCUCAUCACCUUCAGUGAGGAGGCCCCGCUGAGGACGGGCCCAGAGGACCGACAGGAGCUGGACAGCCUGGACACGGAGACGAGCCUGCUCUGCAGCCCGGGCAGUGGGGUCAAAGAGCUGGCCGAGGCACCGAGGACACAUGGCAACCGAGGCCCACGUGUGGCCUUCCUGCUCACGCGCUGGCAGAAGUUCUGGGGUGCGCCUGUGACCGUCUUCCUGGGGAACGUGGUCAUGUACUUUGCGUUCCUCUUCCUGUUCACCUACGUCCUGCUGGUGGACUUCAGGCCACCUCCCCAGGGGCCGUCGGGGCCUGAGGUCACCCUCUACUUUUGGGUCUUUACACUGGUGCUGGAGGAGAUCCGGCAGGGCUUCUUCACAGAUGAGGACACGCACCUGGUGAAGAAGUUCACGCUCUACGUGGAGGACAACUGGAACAAGUGUGACAUGGUGGCCAUCUUCCUGUUCAUCGUCGGUGUCACCUGCAGGAUGCUGCCGCCGGUGUUUGAGGCGGGCCGCGCGGUGCUCGCCGUGGACUUCAUGGUGUUCACGCUCCGGCUCAUCCACAUCUUCGCCAUCCACAAGCAGCUGGGCCCCAAGAUCAUCAUUGUGGAGAGGAUGAUGAAGGACGUCUUCUUCUUCCUCUUCUUCCUGAGCGUGUGGCUCGUGGCCUACGGCGUGACCACCCAGGCGCUGCUGCACCCCCACGACAGCCGCCUGGAGUGGGUCUUCCGCCGCGUGCUGUACCGGCCCUACCUGCAGAUCUUCGGGCAGAUCCCGCUGGACGAGAUGGACGAGGCCCGAGUGAACUGCUCGGCGCACACGCGGCUGAGGGAGGACUCCCGCUCCUGCCCCAACCUCUACGCCAACUGGCUGGUCAUCCUGCUGCUGGUCACCUUCCUGCUGGUCACCAACGUGCUGCUCAUGAACCUGCUCAUUGCCAUGUUCAGCUACACCUUCCAGGUGGUGCAGGGCAACGCGGACACGUUCUGGAAGUUCCAGCGCUACCAUCUCAUUGUGGAGUACCACGGGCGCCCGGCCCUGGCCCCACCCUUCAUCCUCUUCAGUCACCUGGGCCUGGUGCUCAGGAGGCUCCUCCGAAAGGGGGCCCAGCAGAAGCGGGCACACCUGGAGAGAGACCUGCCAGAACCCCUGGACCAAAAGAUGGUCACCUGGGAGGCGAUUCAGAAGGAGAACUACCUGAGCAAACUGGAGAAGCAGAAGAGAGAGAGCGAGGAGGAGGUGCUGCGGAAAACCGGCCACAGGGUGGACUUCAUAGCCAAGCAGCUCGGGGGGCUGAGAGAGCAGGAGAAACGCAUCCGGGGUCUGGAGUCGCAGGUCAACUACUGCACCGUACUCCUGUCGUCCAUGGCCGACACGCUGGCUCACAGCAGCGCCCACCACCACUCUUCCAACUUUGGCAACGGGAACCGGCAGCCCCCCGACCAUGGUGGCGGCCCGGGUAGCAGGGAGCACCGAGAGGCUGGUCCGCUGCCCUCGGAUACCUGAGCCACCUGAACCGUCAGCACAUGGGGCCCACGUCUGAGCCCUGGGCCUGGCCCUCGGGCCCCAUCGGGUGGCCUCCCUUGUCCUGGGGGCUCAGCGGUGCAGUGCGGUGCAGCACUCUCCCCACGGAUGGAGCCUGGGACAGGACAGGCAACACCUGAGCACCUGCGGACGAGCCUCCCGUCGGGGGGGUGGCAGUCUUGCAGGCCGCACUGGCUCCUACCCAACCUGUGUGUUCUAAGAGACUAAUCUGGUUUUGAAAUGCUGCUGGUGAAUUUCUGCCUCUUACGACCUGGGGGGUUCCUCGCACGUGUGGGCUCCUGCCCGCACCCGCCAACUGAGUGCUGGGCCGUGUCCAGCCCGGGCAGCAGCCCCCCAAUUGCUCUUAGGUGGAGCCUGGGGAACACGCCCACACUUGGGCUGCAGCCCCAGGCGGAUCAAAGUGGACCCGGGGUGGCCGGGAGGCACUAAGGGCGCCAAGUCAGUGAAGCACGUGGGGUGGGACAGCGGCCCAGGCACCCAUGCUUCCCAGCUGGGCUGAGUGGCCGCCCAGGGAAGCCCCUCCUUCCCUGGGGGCCCAGAGCCCAGGGGUAGGGGCAGCA